AUGUUGCUGUUGUCUUUUGUCCUUUUUUCAGUCGUGUCUGUGCCCCCGGCGUUUGUAGUGCGGCCCCGGAACCAGGUGGUGGGCGUGGGCCGGACCGUCACCUUCCAGUGCGAGGCCUCAGGGAACCCCCAACCGGCCAUCUUCUGGCAGCGCGAGGGCAGCCAGAACCUGCUGUUCUCGUACCACCCGCCGCAGCCGUCCAGCCGCUUCUCUGUGUCUCAGACCGGAGACUUAACCAUCACCGACGCCGAGCGCUCAGACGUGGGUUUCUACAGCUGCCAGGCCCUGAACAUCGCAGGCAGCGUCAUCACCAAGGCCCUGCUGGAGGUCACCGAUGUGGUGUCGGACCGGCCCCCUCCGGUGAUCCGACAGGGGCCCUUGAACCAGAGCGUGGCGGUGGAUGGCACAGUGGUCCUGAGCUGCCAGGCCUCGGGGACCCCCACCCCCACCAUCCUGUGGAGGAGGGACGGCGCUCUGGUCUCCACCCACGACUCCAGGGUCAAGCAGCUGGACACGGGGGCACUGCAGAUACGAUACGCCAAGCACCGCCUCAAACCCACAUCAGAGCAGCCUGAAUGUCUCCGCAGGCUCAGGAGCAACUGUAGCUCACAGAUCUUUCAGAUGCUAAUUCAGCCGAACUCGUCAAAAGUCUGUGACGUUCUGAUGGAAGCCGUCGCCAUGACGCUGAUUUAA